GUUCAUAUCCGGGUCCCCGGGAGGCUUCCCCGGGCCGCGCUCGGCUGCGCGCCUUCGCGAAGUAAGGCGGUAGGCGGACGGGACAGGGCAGGGCAGAGGGCAGGGCGGCCGCUCGGAGGUGGCCGGAGGUGGUCGGCGGCGGCGGCAGAGGCAGCGGGGCGGCUAGCGCAGCAUGCCCGCUGCCUCAGACACGCCUGCCUCUUGCCGCCGCUGCCCAUGGAGAUCGCGUUGGUGACUCUGGAGAACGGCGGCGCCACGGCCAUCGUGGGCGGCGAGGAUGCCGCGGCCGGCGGCAGCGGUGGCGGCGGUGGCGGCGGUGGCGGCAGCGGCGGCAGCACCGCCCGAGCCCGGCGGAGGAGCGACUUUCUCCACAUCGCAGGCUCCGCCGCGCCACGGCUGAGCGACGGCAUGGAGGGUGUCCCGUCGUCACCGCCGCCGUCUCCACCACCACCGGCGGAUGAGGACCAGGACCGCGAGCAGCGCCCAGCGGCUCCCCAGGAAGGCGGCGAGAGGCGCGGCAGUGGCAGCGUGAGCAGCCUCAACGGCCAGGAAGCAGCGUGCGGAGUCCCCUCGCCGCCCCAACCGCCGCCCCGACAACCGGCGCCCCAACCGCCUCCCAAACCGCCACCCCGCGCCCCGCGCCCCGCCGCGGCCGUGGACAUGGGCUCUGCGGAGGAAGGGGGGCAUCGCCGGGGCAUGGCCAUGGCAGCAGCAGGCGAGGAGGAGGAUGAGGCAGCGGCGGUGACGAACCGGGGCGCCCUGCACCACCAACGGGUGUUGAUCAACAUCUCGGGGCUCCGCUUCGAGACCCAGCUAGGGACCCUCAAUCAGUUUCCUGACACGCUUCUGGGGGACCCAGACAAGCGCAUGCGCUACUUCGACCCUCUCCGCAACGAGUACUUCUUCGACCGCAACCGGCCCAGCUUCGACGGCAUCCUCUACUUCUACCAAUCGGGGGGCAAGCUCCGCCGGCCGGUCAAUGUCUCCAUUGAUGUGUUCACCGAUGAGAUCCGUUUCUACGAGUUGGGUGAGGAGGCCAUGGAGCGCUUCCGGGAGGACGAGGGCUUCAUCAAAGAGGAGGAGAAGCCUCUGCCCCGCAAUGAGUUCCAACGCCAGGUCUGGCUCAUCUUCGAGUAUCCUGAGAGCUCCAGUUCAGCCCGGGCCAUUGCCAUUGUCUCUGUGCUGGUCAUCCUCAUCUCUAUCAUCACCUUCUGCCUGGAGACCCUGCCGGAAUUCAGAGAUGAGAGAGAGAUGCCCAUGCCCCUGCCCACACAGAGUGGAGCUUUGAAUGGCACGACCGGGAGCUCCCCACCCAUGAAGCCACCCAGCAGCCUUGCUGACCCAUUCUUCAUCAUUGAGACCACCUGCGUGAUCUGGUUCACCUUUGAGCUCCUUGUCCGCUUUUUUGCCUGCCCCAGCAAGCCCGAGUUCUCACGCAACAUUAUGAACAUCAUUGACAUUGUGGCCAUCAUCCCCUACUUCAUCACCCUGGGUACUGAGCUGGCCCAUGAGCAACAGCAGCCUGGGGCUGGCAGUAGCAAUGGGGGUGGGGGCCAGCAGCAAGCCAUGUCCCUGGCAAUCCUCAGAGUCAUUCGCCUGGUCAGGGUCUUCAGGAUUUUCAAGCUCUCCAGACACUCCAAGGGGCUGCAGAUCUUGGGACAGACAUUAAAAGCUAGCAUGAGAGAGCUGGGCCUCCUUAUCUUCUUCCUCUUCAUUGGGGUGAUCCUCUUCUCCAGUGCUGUUUACUUUGCUGAGGCAGAUGACCCUGAGUCUCAUUUCUCCAGCAUCCCUGAUGCUUUCUGGUGGGCAGUGGUAACCAUGACUACUGUGGGCUAUGGGGAUAUGCGACCUGUCACCGUAGGGGGCAAGAUUGUGGGUUCAUUGUGUGCCAUUGCAGGUGUGCUCACCAUUGCCCUGCCUGUCCCUGUCAUUGUAUCCAACUUCAACUACUUCUACCACCGAGAGACCGAUCAUGAAGAGCAAGCUAUCCUCAAAGAUGAACACAGCAGUGCUCAGGGUAGUACAGCUGGCGGAGAUGCAAAGAGAAGAUCCAGUAGAAACUCUCUGAACAAAUCUGUUGUGCACUUGGAAAACAGCGAGGGGCUCAACAAUGACACCAGCUCCCUAGAGAAAGCCAAUAUCAAAGCAAGAAGUAAUGCAGACCUCAGAAGAUCCCUCUAUGCUCUUUGUCUGGACACCAACAGGGAAACAGACUUGUAAGGAGAGGAGAGAGAGUUCAGAGAUGCAGAAGGGUUUGCUGGUGUCACAAACUAACUACUAGAAUUAUUAUUUUGGUACCAAUUUGUUUUGUUUUCUUUUUUAAAAGCCAGGCUAUAUUUUAUAAAUUGAUCACCAUACUGAGUAAGUUCUUCAGGAGUAUGUGUUUUUUUUUUAAUGUUCUUUUUCCAUGACACAAAGGGUCACCUAUUUUUAAAAUAGACUAAGAAUAAGCAAUGCUCCGUGAUGCAGGAGCUGGUAAACUGUGACAGCGCAAAACCCACUUUGUAGGAAACAUCUUUUAGCAAACGGUUAUUGGUUUUAAAUGGGUUGUUUGUCACCAGUUCAG